AUGAAGCUGAUCAUCAUGUCCUGUCUCCUGGCCUUAUCCUACGUGGCUGCCGACCAGACGCCAGUCAUCCUCUGCGGUAGACAGUUGGCGAACACACGGGCGCUCCUGUGUUAUGGGUCCGACUAUGUCGACAAGAGGAAUAGGAUUAUGACAACUGAUUUCUUCCCUGGAGAUAAAGCGAAUGAGAUUGACUGGCCCUGGACUGGUCGUCGAGGAAGUUUGUCUGCCAACUGGUCGCGAUACAAGAGAGGUGGUCUGGCUGAUGAAUGCUGCCUCAAACCUUGCACCACUGAUGUUAUUCUGAAGUACUGCUAGACGAACAAAAGCUUUUAUUCCAGCGCUUU